GAAAUGUGCCCCGUGUGCUGUGUGUAUGUCCGUGUGUUGCUAUAUAACGGAAAAAAUCGUUCCACUCGUCUCCUGCUCAUCAUAUAAGCCAGCCCAGCAAGAAUUCCCUGUCUUGCUGAAGGUGUUUGGUCAAAGAAAGUCGCUGUUUUUGUAUUUACCCUCAGUAGUGUUGAAGUAGGACGCUCAGUGCUGCUACCAGGUACCACGACAGAGCACAAGGGGAAAUUACAGAAGAGGACAACGAUUUUUUCUUCCUGGAAAGGUAUGUCAAAGUUGGUGUGAUUGAUGUGACAAAGGGUGAAGCAUGUGAGGAAGAUGUGAGCCGGUUCAUGCCUGACGUCAUCAUCUGUGACUCAUGUGAUGCAACCUGGACCUUUAUUGUUUGUGCCUCAUUAAAUAUCAUGAAAGGUUUUGGUAAUUGUUGCAUGGUUCCGUUAGGGAUUUCACAACUGGAAAUGGUGUCUAAGAAAAUGAGUGGGCUAGUAAAAGUGACUAUGUUAACUUUAAACUAUACAGUUGUGUCCUCGAGCUAGACACUGGGUUAUAGUUCCUGUUAUAACAUGGGUGCACUGUAAAGUGCUUUGGAUGAAAGUGUCAUCUGAAUAGCCAGUUAGUAAUUUAUAAACAGUCAGAUUUUCACCGACAUGGAAAAUACUGGAAACUAUACUGCCAUUCAAAGCUUUAGAUGUCGGUAAGAUGUGUGUGUGUAUAUAUAUAUAUAUAUAUAUAAAUUUUUUUUUUUUUUUUCAUGCUCACCAAAACUGUUUUUAUGUGCUCACGAAUACUAUCACAGUUUAAAAAGUAAUUUAUUGCUGUGAUGGCAAAGCUGAUUUUUAGCAUCAUUAUUCCAGUCUUCAUUGUCGCAUGAUCCUUCAGAAAUCUUUCUAAUAUGUGACCCUGGACCACAAAACCAGCCGGGGGGGUCAGUAAGGGUCUGAGAUGUAUACAUUAUCUGAAAACUGAAAGCUUUCCUUUGAUGUAUGGUUUGUUGGGACAGGACAAUAUUAGGCCAAGAUACAGCUAUUUGGAAAAUCUUGAAUCUGAUGGUGCAAGAAAAUCAAAAUAGUGAGAAAAACACCUUUAAAGUUGUCCAAAUGUAGCUCUUUGCAAUGCAUAUUGCUAAUCAAAAAUUAAGUUUUGAUAUAUUUAUGGUAGGAAAUUUACAAAAUAUCUUCACGAAACAUGAUCUUUACCUAAUAUCCUAAUGUAUUGUUGGCAUAAAAGAAAAAUUGAUAGGUCUGACCAAUACAGUGUGUUUUUGGCUAUUGCUACAAAUAUACCUGUGCUACUUAUGACUGGUUUUGUGGUGCUCAUGAAACAUUUCCUAUUAUUAUCAAUGUUGAAAACACUGUGCUGGUUAAUAUUUUUGUAGAAUGAAUAGAAAAACGAAGUUUAAAAGAAAAGCAUUUAUUUAAAAUCUAAAGCUUUUGUAACAUUAUAAAUGUCACUUUUGAUCAGCAUACACUGUAAAAAAUAAAAAACACAAUUUGUUGUGUCAGCUUAAAAUAAUUUGUUACCCCGCUGUCUUAAAAUUUUAAGUUCGGUCAACUAAAAUAAGUUUAGUCAACUUGAAAUGUUAAGUUGUACUAAGUUGUACUAACAACUUGUGUUUGCUAAACUUAACAGAUGGGUAAGUGACUCAGCUGCCUUAAAAUUUUAAGUUGAUUCAACUCAAAUAUCUAAGUUGUCACUUAGUAUAAUUUAACAUUUCAAGCUGAAUAAACUUUCUUUGAGUUGACUUAAAAUUUUAAGGCAGCCAGGUUACAAAUUAUUUUAAGUUGACUCAACAAAUUGUUUUUUUUACAGUGUACUGAUCACAAACUUUUAAGCCUUUGUUUAUAAUUUUGCUCAUCUUUGAAAAAUGUAAUCAGCAAGAUGUUGACCCUUGUAGAGCAAAACUGACUGCAAGCCAUCUUGACAACAUGGUUCUGUCUGUUGAACAUCUCAGUGGAAAAAUUUGUACAUUAAUGGAAAAAUGUGUUUGUUUAUAUGCGGAAUUGUUCAAUAGUUAAUAGAAUUAUUAACCAAGCAAUUAUUAAUGAUUGGAAGUGUCAUGGAAAUCAUUUGAUCAAACACUGAAGAUUCUGAAGUAUGAAUGGCAAAACAUGCCCUCAACCCAUCCUCUCCUGUUUACUUGUGAGUCAUUCACAGCGUAAGUGCUGCUUUGAGGGUUUGUGUAAAUGAUGCCAGAAAUAUCCAUUCGUAUGAUCUAGUAUGAAAUAUUAACACUGUAUGAUAGUAUUUCACCAGUGUAGAUAAGGGCUCAGUUUGAUCCCAUUUGGUAAAGAUAAAGCAUUAAUUGAUUCUACUCUAUUUGAGCCAAUUGUUUAAUAUGAACUGAAAGACAUCAAGGAUUGCAUAAACAGUUUAGAUAAACAGAUGUAGCUCUGAGGAACUCAGACUGGAUUGUGGCAGCUGUAUUUUAUAACACAGGCUGUCAAGCAGCAGAAGACUCUUUUGAGUGGAAUGCUUUGCUUAAACAAAUCUGUUGUGUUUGGUUUGGACUUGCGUCAAUAUUGUACAGAGAAGUUAAAGGCAGUGGAUCCUUAUAGUUAUAGACGUAUAUUUUCUCAUUCGUGAAAUAUUAAUAAAUGUGUACGUAGAUGGUUAAGUUAAAGUUUUUUUUUGUUUGUUUGUUUUCCAAUUGCUUUUUACAUUUGAAUCAGCAUUUGUCAGCAAGUUGCUAUUCACUUGUCAAUCCAAACAUGCCCAGAAGUGGAUUGUUUAAGAAAUUGCCAAUUAACUGUAUUGAUUUCUCAGAGCUUAACUAAGUAAAGUGAGAACUGUGUAAUUAAAGGGCAAAGCUGAGAGAGCAUGCUAAGCUGACAGCACAAAAUAUUAUCUAACACCACUGGAAAAACAAGGGGGUAUUUAAGGUCCUCCUUCCUCUUUUUGAGUCUUUUUUUUCUCAGUCAUCUGAUCACUCACAAAAUGGGAUUUAGUCCCUUGAAGCGAGAGAGAAAAAAAAAAAUGUCAUCACUCUCACUCAUGCUAUUUUGAUCUUGUUCAAACCAAUUCUGAUUCUCUGUUCUCUUUUUCUGUCUCUUUCCGUUUUUCGUGAGGAAAUAUUUGCAUUUUUAACCCCUCCCACACAGAUGCUUUCGGCUGACCUGAUUGGUGGGAGUGAUGUGUGAACUAGAUGACCUGGCUGGCCAAUCAGUGGAGCAUGAGAGUGUGCUGACAGCCAGAGCAGCAGUGUUUCUACCAGAGCGUGAGAGGGAGUGGAGGAGAGGAACCGAAACAGAGGGAGAGGAGGAGGAGGAAGAGGAGGCAGAGGAGCGAAGGGAAGGAAUGGGUGUUGGUAAAAACACCACCUCCACAUCCAUGGACUCCACCGCAGAGCCUGGCAAAUAUGAAGAAGAGAACAAACACAGUGCACACUUCUAUCCCAUCUCAGUGGUUAAUGGUGUCGUACAGACCCCUGGAGAUCAAGAUGCAGAGGACACGCAACUUAUGGCCAUUUACGCAAAAGACAGCCAGACUGAGGACAAAUGCUCCAUAUCAGAGACUGUGGACAGUACAGACAGCAUAGACGCCAGGAGAAUGGACAUGAUAUACACCAUAGAGGACACACCACCUUGGUACCUGUGCUUGUUCCUAGGUUUACAGCACUAUCUUACCUGCUUCAGUGGAACUAUCGCUGUGCCCUUCCUGCUGGCUGAAGCCAUGUGUGUGGGAUUUGACCAAUGGGCAACCAGUCAGCUGAUUGGCACCAUUUUCUUUUGCGUGGGCAUCACCACCCUGCUGCAGACCACCCUUGGAUGCCGGCUUCCAUUGUUCCAAGCUAGUGCUUUUGCUUUUCUCGCCCCUGCAAGAGCCAUCCUUUCACUGGAUAAGUGGAAAUGUAACGCAACAGGUGUUCCUCUAUUAAAUGCCACAGAGCUGCCACACACAGAAGACAUCUGGUACCCCAGGAUACGAGAGAUCCAGGGUGCUAUAAUAGUCUCGUCUCUAAUAGAGGUGGUCAUAGGGGCCUUGGGUUUGCCAGGUGUCCUGUUGAAGUACAUUGGCCCGCUUACCAUCACCCCUACUGUUACUCUCAUUGGGCUCUCGGGCUUCCAGGCAGCUGGAGAGAGGGCAGGCAAGCACUGGGGCAUUGCCAUGCUGACCAUAUUCCUGGUGCUGCUGUUCUCUCAGUACGCACGUAACAUCCAGUUGCCGCUCCCCAUCUACAGAUCAAAAAAAGGCUGUACGUCUUACCGCCUGCAGCUGUUCAAGAUGUUCCCAAUCAUCAUGGCGAUCCUUGUGUCAUGGUUUCUGUGUUUCAUCUUCACGGUGACUGACGUGUUUCCUCCUGAGAAGGACAAAUACGGGUUUUACGCCCGAACGGACGCCAGACAGGGCAUUCUGGCAGUCGCUCCCUGGUUUAAGAUACCCUACCCCUUCCAAUGGGGGUUGCCCACAGUGACAGCAGCAGGGGUGAUUGGGAUGCUGAGUGCAGUGGUUGCCAGUAUCAUAGAGUCCAUUGGAGACUAUUACGCCUGUGCCCGUCUCUCCUGUGCCCCACCUCCGCCAAUACAUGCCAUUAACAGAGGGAUAUUUAUGGAAGGUCUUUCCUGUGUUCUCGAUGGCGUCUUUGGGACAGGAAAUGGCUCCACAUCUUCUAGCCCAAAUAUUGGAGUGCUGGGAAUCACAAAAGUGGGCAGCAGGCGGGUAAUUCAGUAUGGUGCGGCACUGAUGCUACUACUAGGAAUGGUCGGUAAAUUCAGCGCUCUCUUUGCAUCAUUGCCGGAUCCAGUUCUGGGAGCACUGUUUUGCACUCUCUUCGGCAUGAUCACCGCCGUUGGUCUUUCCAACCUGCAGUUUGUGGAUCUCAAUUCAUCCCGCAAUCUGUUUGUCCUUGGUUUUUCCAUCUUCUUUGGCCUGGUCCUGCCCAGCUACCUCAAAGGAAACCCUCUAGUCACUGGUAUAGUGCAGAUAGAUCAGGUGCUGAACGUUCUGCUUACGACUGCCAUGUUUGUAGGAGGUUCAGUGGCGUUUGUGCUGGAUAAUACUAUUCCUGGCACCCCGGAGGAAAGGGGUAUCCGUAAGAUGAAUCGUGGGAACAGCGUAUCUAAACGGGAUAGAAUGGAGUCUUACGACCUUCCGUUUGGAAUGGACUUCCUGCGGCGCCAUCGCAUUUUCCAAUACCUCCCAAUCAGCCCCACUUUCGCUGGCUACCAGUGGAGCGUUCUCACCCACAGCUGCCAUAACAGGAGAGAGGACGACAUGCCAACAAAGCCAGAACUAGGAGAAAGCGGGGUAUAGUGUUUAGCACGGGUAGGUUUUCAGAUGGUAGUCGCAACGCGCCAUUCCACCCAGUCAGUGAAAUCCUCAGUCCGUUCCUUUAAUAAAAAGCCAGCUGUAGACUCUCUUCAUCCCACAAUCCUUUAAAAACUCUUUCCUUUUUGAUCAAGUUUGUCAUCAACACUAAAGUUGGUUAACACACCUUCUAAACACUUCGACAGCGCAGCAGCUUUGGAGCUGAUCUGAAGGUGUCUCCAUGACAACAGCGAGUGGAUGCAACGCAGGUUGUACUCGUUCAUCUCUCUCUCGGAGAACACGAAAAUGGACUGAUAGAUGGAAAAAUCACUUUAUAAAAAAUCUACCGAAUUUCCAAUAUCAGUGUUCCUUUUUUUUUGGCCUGCACUGCUCCAUCUGCACAAAGCAUCCGUGUCAGAUAAUUGGAAGUGUUCGAAUUUAACCAACGCAUUAAUGAGUGCCCUCGGUGGCCACUAUCACAUUCGCACCAAACACAAACAAGCCCAAACUUGCUUUAUGCAUGGCGCGGAUCCCGUUAAAAAGCGAGAGGAUUAAGGUUUACUUAGUGGUGCAAGGUUAUUGUGCUUUAUGUUCGAAUUGCACUGCUUGAAUUAACGCACAAAAUGUAGUUUGCUUGUUCCUAAUUUAACUUCCAGUGUCCGAGUCUUGCUUCCGAAUCCUUCGAAUGCCUUAAAUGUAAGGAAACUGAUUCAGUCAUACAAAUUUAUGUUUCAGUCAUCUCGUUAUGCUAUUUUAAAUUAAUAGCUCAUAUUGAAAGCAUUUCUUAUUACAUACUGUAUUUUGCCACCUUGAAAUUGUAACGAUUGCGCGUUUUGGAGGCGGAUGGCUAUGCAGUAGAUAAAAUUGAUAUGAGAAACGAAUGUACUUGCAGUGCAUGGUUUUCAAAAGAAGGAAGACUGGAAGGGAAAAACUUGAGAACGGUCGCACUCAGGCAGUCCCAUUGAAAGAUGUGGGGAAAUGUUGUUGUUUGUUUGUUUUUUUUUUUUGGUUAAAAUCUGUUGAGCCUCUUUUGGGCGCCACAUUUUUGGCCUGUUUUUUGUUUAAUAUUGGUGGCACUUUCUAACUGCUGUUCAAGUGAAUGUGGUUCAUAAUGUAGAUUCCCACAAGCACUGCAGGUGUGCUUUGUUUUUGGACGCAGAGAGGAUGCGCAGCAUUUAGCGGGCAUUUAUUGACAGGCUCUUCAACUGUACAAAUCCUACUAUAUUGCAUUAUCACAAUCGAUUACUAAUCACUAGUAUUUAGUUGUAACUAUAAGUUCAUUCUCAUUUUUGGUUUACAGACAUUUUAUAAUCUUUACAGUAACUAUGUACAACACAAAGCAUUUUUAAAUGUACACUAUGACUUUUAUAGCAUUUAAACUGAUUUUUGACCAUUGGAGACACUGUCAUGGAGUGGUGACUUCAGCAGCCUUCUUGAUUUAAUAGUGUGCAGUUGUGCUUUGAACUCUGAUGGUUGAUCUCUAUUUGAGGCUCAUACUGUAUCCACUUCAGAUUCAGAGUUGACUUGUAAUUUAUUUAUUUAAAUGUAUUACGUCUAGUCUUUGUGCAGAUCCUUUUUGCCUGUAAGCAGGAAAGGGGAGAUGCAGUUCUCCACUCUAAGGUUUGAUUUGUUAUAGGUGUGUGUUGCAGCUUGUCAGCAUGGUGCAAAGAGAAAUUGCAUUUUUUUUUUUAUUACCACAGUCUUGAUAUUUACAACAUAACUGGUGCUUCCUCGGUGAGUCAUUCCAACUAACGUUUGAGAUGUUUUUUUCUCUUUCUACCUGACCUGUAAUACAGCCUGAUGGUUUCUUUCAUUUGUUUUGUAUUAGUUUUUAACAGAAAACCCUCAUUAUGCAAGGAUCAUUUCACUUGGUAACAUAAUUUUACAACUAUUGCUUUGUUUUCAGCCUUAUUUACACAUUUUUUCCAAAAGGUUUUGUGCAUUAUAGCAGGAAGGAACACUUUGCUGAGUGUGUUUGAGAAUGUUAAAGUGACAGUAUUUGGGACCUAACAGCCAGAUCAUAUACUUGUAUACAGAUAACAGUGCUGUAUACAAGGCAAUACUAAUUUACUGUACUGUUUAGUGAACACUUGGAACAGAGUGCUGCGGUUAACUGAGUAUCGACAGUUCAAAUCACACUGUCAAAACACAACUUGCGUUGUAAAGAAUCCAUUAGCACUUUUUGUUCUUAAAAUAAUCUUAUUAUAAUACAUUCAGUGCUCUGAAGUGUAGUGUAAUGAUUGUCUAUGAAUCCAAAGCAAGUGCAACUGAGAAAGUGUGCGGUUUGCCUCUAAAUCUCCUCCCAUUCACACCGAUAGUGCUUGCAGUGGUGUCAGUCCUCAUCUCCGAAGAUUUUUAUCCUUAAAUAUUUUAUUGAAAUGUCAUUUGAAACAGAAUAUGAAGAUCUUUCACAUCCUGUGAUGUUUAUUUGUCUGUCAUUCAUAAAGGUUUCUAUGUGACAUGCAUAAAUAUUUGUCAAGUACUUGAGAAAAAUGUCAUUUCAAAAGAAUUUCUAACAUUUGUCUUUGGCCCUAUUCUAUGGAAGCCCGUUGCCGCCACUGAAUAAAAAAAUAAAAAAGGUAAUUACAAGUUUUAUCUCAAAAUUCUGACUUUUUUUUCUGGCAACUUUUUUGAGAAAUAACGUCAGAAUUGCAUGAUAUAAACUUGCAAAUAUAAACUGGCAUUUCUGACUUUAUAACACGCAAUUAUGUGUUAUUAAUUUGCAAUUCUGAGAACAUAUCGGUCUUUUUUUCCCCUCAAAAUUGGAUUUUGUAACUCGCAGUUGCAAGUUUAUAUCUUACGAUUCUGAGAAAUGUUAGAAUUGCAAGAAAAAAGUCAGAAUUGCGAGAUAUAAACUGAGAAAAAGUCAGAAUUGCAGGAAAAAUGGCAGAAUUACAAGACAAACUCACAAUUGUGAGAAAUAAAGUCAGAAUUGUAAGUUUUUAUCAGAAUUCUAAAAAAAAAUUCAGAAUUGUGAGGGGGAAAGAAGUCAGAAUUACAAGAUAUAAACUCACGAUUGCGAGAAAGUCAGAAUUAUGUUUUGAUCAGAAUUCUGAGAAAAAGUCAGAAUUGUGAGAAAAAGGGCAGAAUUACAAGACAUAAACUCACAAUUGUAAGAAAUAAAUUCACAAUUGGGAGUUUUUAUCAGAAUUAUCAGAAAAAGUCAGAAUUGUGAAGGAGGAAAAAGUCAGAAUUGUGAGGGGGGAAAAAGGCAGAAUUACAAGAUAUAAACUCGCGAUUGUGAGAAGUAAAGUCAGAGUUUUGUUUUAGUCAAUUAUGUUUUAAUCAGAAUUCUGAGAAAAGUCAGAAUUGCAAGAAAAAAAAAGAGUCAGAAUUAAGAAAUAUAAACUCGCAAUUGCAAGAAGUAGUCAGAAUUAUAAGAUUUGAACUCGCAAUUGUGAGAAAUAAAGUCAGAAUUUUGAGUUUUUAUCUAAUUCUGACUAAGUCAGAAUUGUGAGGGGGAAAAAAGUCAGAAUUGCAAAAAAUAAAGUCAGAAUUGUAAGUUUUUACCAGAAUUCUGAGGAAAAAAGUCAGAAUUGCAAGAAAAAGUCAAAUUGCGAUAUAAAUUUGCAGUUGCGAGAAAUAAAGUCAGAAUUGCGAGUUUUUAUCACAACUUUGAGAAAGAGGUCUAUGUAGUUUAUAUCUCACAAUUCUGACUAUUUCUCACAACUGUAUGUUUAUAUCAUGCCAUUCUGAGAGUAAAAGGCAGAAUUGCAAGUUUAUAUCACGACUAAGAGAAAAGUCAGAAUUGAUUUUUAUUUUAUUGUUAUUUUUUUGUUUAUUUAUUUUUUUUUAAUCUGUGGCAGAAACGGGCUUCCAUAAUAUUCAUAAUACCAUAAUUUAUUCAUGUUAAAUAUGGUUUUUAAUAUGUGAACAGUUUGGAAACAAGCUGUUGUGCUAAAUCUCAGUAUCUGCUGAGAUGUAAAGGUUGGGUCUUAAUAACAUGUUGGCAUGUGAUUCAAAGAAAAACAAUCCUUCAGUUAUUUUGAAGGGGGUAUGUCUGAAGAAUAUACUUAGUUUCUCUGAAUUGUAAUAUGUUUUUAAUGUUUUAUUGUUUUUUUUUUUUAUACAUCAUCUUGUGUUUUUACAGGCAAAGAGAUGUUGGGGGAAAAAAACUUAUCUUAAAUCAUCAUGCUGCAAAGUGCACCAAUUUGUUACAUUUUCAUUUAAGAGUAAAAUAAAUGAUCUCCUUUGUUGUCUUUUUUUUUUUUUUUUUUUUUUUUUUUUUUUUUUGUAGUUUGAUGGAAUAUUUUUGUUAACUAGGCUGUUUUCGUAUUUUAUUUUUCUAACAUUACUUCCUGUUCAUGUUAAAAGUAGUAAAAAUUUAGAAAGAGGUGCAAUGCAUUGAGACUAUUCUAAAUAUAUGAAUAUAUAUAUUGAGUGCAGAAUGUGCUAUAUUCUUGGACCAGCCAUUGCAGCUCCUGUUAGUAGAAACAGCAGAAAUUGUUUUGUUCCAUGUUCCUAAAGAUAUUUAAUAAGAUGUUUCUGAGCAAAUCA